GAACAUCCGUGUGACUGGCCCUGGAGUCAGGUUCCUCCUGCCUAGAGCAGCAGGCCAGGCCUUCUGGGGCACAGCAGGAGCCAGCAGCCUGAGGAGGGGGUGAGGAGGGGCAGCCAGGGUCCACCAGAGCGUCUGGCCUUGUGCCACACAUCUCCUGCUCCAGUGCCUGGCUGGGUCCUUUACCCACAGGCCAUCUAGGCCUUGCCUCAGCCCUGCAAGGUCGUGUUUUUAGCUCCAUCAGAAAGGUGAGAGAAAGGAAGGGACUUGGGUCAGGGUCACAAAGGCAGUGGCAGAGCUGGGACUCACAUGCAGGUCUGUCUCACUCCAAAACCUAGACUCCUUCUCCUGCCCCUCAAGGAACAAACACACCAUUUAAGGUGUAAGGGAGGCAUGGUUUGGAACUCUGCUGGAAAGUUCUGGUUGGAGAGAAUAAAAGCAGUUUAGGCUCUCCUGGAGUUAUGGAGUUUUGGAGCAAAUGAUUUUUGGACUUCAUUUUUCCCGUCUUGGGACCUACUUCUGCUGUGGGUCUGGUGACGGUGCCUCAGUCUUCAGUCUGCUCAGAACAGCAUCAAGUGCUGUCGCCCCAGGCAGCGUCCAGGAGAGUGGAGCCCAAGGAGGAGUUCGUGUCCCACACAGCAGAGGUGGCCUGGAGCGGGGCUCCCCAGCCCCUGCUGACUUCCUCAGGUACUGGAAGCUGGACCCUGCUCAGGUAUAUGCCAGCGGGCCCAAUGCGUGGGACACUGCUGUGCACGACGCUUCGGAGGAGUACAAGCACCGCAUGCACAGUCUCUGCUGUGACAACUGCCACUCGCAUGUGGCCUUGGCUCUGAACCUGAUGCGCUACAACAACAGCACCAACUGGAACAUGGUGGCACUCUGCUUCUUCUGCCUGCUCUACGGGAAGUACGUCAGCGUCGGCGCCUUCGUGAAGACCUGGCUGCCCUUUGUCCUCCUCCUGGGCAUCAUCCUCACCGUCAGCCUGGUCUUUAACCUGCGGUGAUGGCUGCCCCGCGGCCCUGGGCCCACCAGGCUCCUGAGGAGGCAGCCGCCAUCACCUGUUGUUCCAGAUUCUUUCUUCUCACCCCGAAAGGCAGGGAUGGGCCUGCUGGUUUUGACCCAGGGGUCUGGGCUAGGUGGGGUGGAAUAAGGGCUGAGGAUGAGCCCUUGUGGAGGUGUUUGCAUUUUGUGUCUCACUGGUCGCUCAGAAGCGCCUGUCCCCUCCUUCCCAGGCUCAUGAGCCCACCCUUGAGGCACCCUUUGCUCACUUGUUGGAAGAGCCUUAGCUUCCCUCAGAGCUGUGUCUGCCACUGCCUGCUGGGCUCCGCCCGCCCAGCGCCUGGUGGGGGAGGGGAGGAUGUUUGGACCCACCGGACAAGGCAGCACAGGGGCCAGAGCUGGAUUUGGAGCGCAUUCUCCUACCGGACUCUGCUCCCAUGGUGGGGGGUACCCUGAGAAGCCUCCAUGAGCUCAGCCACCUCGGGCCUUCUCCACUGGCGUCUAGAAUGGUCCAGUGAGGCUGACGGGCCCCCCUUCAGGUGUUUGCCAGAGGCUGCACUAGCGGUAGUUUGUGUCCCACUCCUGGAGGCCUCCAGCCCAUGCAGACCCCUCUUCCCACUCUCCCAGGGCUUCCAAGCACUUGGGCCCAUCUCCCCCUGCAGUUCGGGGCCUGGGCUCCCCCAACCAGGCUGGAGAGAUGAGUGACGCUGACAUACCCAGAGUGAUCCCUGCAGAUCAGAGCAAUGUAACAAAGCUUGGCCUCAGCCCCAGGUGUGGGCCUUGCACUGGUGACGGCACCCCUUGGGUCCGAGAUGUUGGCCCGUCGGAGCAGCCAGUGCCAUUGGGGAGCUGAAGGGGAGCUGCUUCCUUCCACCUGCCACGGCUCCCCCUUCUCUUCAGGUUGUGGAACGGGCCUGUGCUGUUCCCCUCACCCCUGCUCCAUGGAUUCCUUUGUGCGGGGCUCCCUGGGCAGGACAAUAAAGAGUUUUA